CGCGCCGCGGGGCUCGCAACAGCGGGGGCCGUGCCCCAGCCAUGGCCGGGCGCGGAGCGCGGCUGCGCUACGGCCGCCCCCCGUCCCUGCUCCUCCUCACCUACCUCUGYGCGCCCCUGCUCGGCCAGCUCGGAACCUCGCUCGCGGCUGUAUCUGAACCUUCUUUUAUUGCUAAAAGUGAAGAUCGUUUGUUUAAGCAUUUAUUUGAAGACUAUCAAAGAUGGGUUCGUCCAGUGGAACGCUUGAAUGACACAAUAAAAAUCAAGUUUGGCCUUGCAAUCUCUCAGCUGGUAGAUGUGGAUGAGAAGAAUCAAUUGAUGACAACAAAUGUAUGGUUGAAACAGGAAUGGAUAGAUGUAAAAUUAAGGUGGAAUCCUGAAGAAUAUGCUGGAAUAACAUCUAUUCGUGUCCCAUCAGAUUCUAUUUGGAUUCCGGAUAUUGUGCUGUAUGACAAUGCAGAUGGACGUUUUGAGGGAACAUCUACAAAAACUGUGGUGAAAUAUGAUGGCACCAUUGCUUGGACUCCACCAGCGAACUACAAAAGUUCUUGUACUAUAGAUGUAACAUUCUUCCCCUUUGACCUCCAAAACUGCUCAAUGAAAUUUGGUUCCUGGACUUAUGAUGGCUCACAGGUUGAUCUAAUUCUUGAAGAUUAUGAUGUUGACAAAAGAGAUUUUUUUGAUAAUGGAGAAUGGGAAAUAGUGACUGCAACAGGGAGCAAAGGAAACAGGACUGAUGGAUGCUGCUGGUAUCCUUUUGUUACAUAUUCAUUUAUAAUUAGACGUUUGCCACUUUUUUACACUUUGUUCCUCAUUAUUCCUUGUAUUGGGCUUUCGUUUCUGACUGUCCUUGUCUUCUAUCUUCCUUCAAAUGAAGGUGAAAAAAUUUCGCUUUGCACUUCMGUACUGGUAUCUUUGACUGUCUUUCUUCUUGUUAUUGAAGAAAUUAUUCCAUCAUCUUCUAAAGUUAUCCCACUCAUAGGAGAGUACCUGGUGUUCACUAUGAUAUUUGUGACCYUGUCCAUUGUGAUAACUGUCUUUGCUAUCAAUAUCCACCACCGCUCAUCGUCCACACACAAUGCCAUGGCACCCUGGGUUCGCAAGAUAUUUCUUCACAAACUGCCCAAGCUGCUUUGCAUGAGAAGCCAUGUUGAUAGAUACUUUGCUCAGAAGGAGGAAACUGCAAAUAUGAAUGGAUCAGAAUCAUCUCGGAACACCUUGGAAGCAGCUCUGGAUUCUAUCCGCUAUAUCACAAGACAUGUUAUGAAGGAGAAUGAAGUUCGUGAGGUUGUUGAAGACUGGAAAUACAUUGCUCAGGUGCUUGAUAGAAUGUUCUUAUGGGCUUUCCUUCUGGUUUCAGUAAUUGGAUCACUUGUGUUAUUUAUUCCUGUUAUUCAUAAAUGGGCAAGUAUAAUAGUACCUACRCAUAUAGGCAGUACAAAUGCAUAAAAUACUUUUGGAGCCAUCUCACACUGAUAUGGCUCUAAGGAGUUUUGCAGUAGCUGUUUYCUUGCAUGUUCUUUGUAGGCUUUUUUCUGAUAGAGUGAAAAAAAAAUUCCAAAACUAGAAAAUUAGGUUUAUAUUAAAGCAUGGCAUUACUAGGGCACAUAGCAGUCAAUUUGCUUAUUGCCUGUCUACUAAGUUACUGUUAAGCCAGGUCAGAAUUAAAAAAACACUCUCAAGCCAUUGCAUGUAUUAUAUAUCAAAAAAGCAUACACUGACACCUACUGUGAAAGAGAAGGAUUUAAAUUUUUUUAAUGAUGAGCACUGUAGCCCAGUUAUUAAAUGACUGUUAAAUUGUUAUACUGAAUAUAAAAUAUUUGCAGUUACAUAGUAGAGUUGCUUCUUUCACUUUAGUAUACAAAAGAGAAUUUUAAUCAGCUCUCUUCAAUGUGUUGUAAAAAUAUGGAAUUUCUACAGAAUAAUUUAAAAUAAUAGUAAAAAUAAAAGUUAAACUUCUUGUAUAUCCAGUAUACAACUGAGAGCAGCGAUUUGGCCAUGUUUGGCCUUCAUAAAUUUUCAGUGGAAUUUGCUGCUAAAUUUUAAAGCUUGUUAAUUCUGUGAUAUGAUACCAACAUGAGGCUUUAAUAAGCCUUAAAAUGCCUAAAGCAUCUGUGUAUAUUGAUGYCUCCAUCAGCUUUGGAAUGGAAGGCAAAGGCAGUUAAAUGAGUUCCCAAGCUGCAUAAGUAUUCUAAGGGGCCAGAACAUUCAUAUUUCUUWAUUCUUGAUAAAGAAUUUGAUACAAUAUGUGAGUUUGCAAACAUACUCGUUAUUUCCUGUCUUUUGGUGUUUCUCAGAAUUAAGAUUUUAAGCAUUGGCAGAAKGAAUUUGGGGAAUGUCUUUCUGAAGGAAAUGGGUUACAAAUUAUUAUGCUGUGGCACCAUAUAYAAAUGAUGAAUGAUUUGUUAAACUGAACUUAAGAGAGCUACCUUGAAUUAGUUCUUUCACUUAUAAAACCAUAUGUAACUCUAAGCAGUAAAGGCUUAGAAUUUUUAAUAUUUUCUUUUUCCCAAGAUUGUUGAAAAUGAACUUGCAGUUUUUCAAUUAUUCUAUUAAAAGACAUUGUUUACAUUGAUUCCAAUGCCACCUUUCUUCCUUUCUUAAUACAUUUUAUUUCUGGAAAAGGCUCUAUAAUAGUUGGGUGUUUUCCUACACCAAAGCUUUUUCAGUAUUUUUCAUAAUAUAGUUGCAUCAUGUGGGGCUGAUACAGUAAUGGCAGGCUAGAGAAAAUCUGAAAGUCUUAGGAAGUUUUUGUUUGCUUAAAUUACUACAUUAUAAUAACRUGUUGGGGUGAGGAUUUUUAAUGUAGUGUGAUAUAUUUGAUAAUUCAAAGUUUUUAUAGUAAUUAUAAAUUGAAACAACAGAUACAUAUUCCUCCCAUACCCCCUCCCAGAUCUCCUUUAGAACAGUCCUGUACUGAUUAUAUAAUAGCGAUUACUUAUGUCAUAACUUAUAUAUAAUUGAAUAUUUAUUUUAAAAUGUUYACUCUGUAUGAUAUUCUAGAUUUUGUGUAGCUUUUUAAGCCACACGGGUAGGGAAAUUAUGCCAGGCAGGCCUGUUUUUUUCUUCGUGGGUUUUUUUUUUAAUAGCAGUUAAGGAGUCACUCUUCUUCAGUCACACAAUUACAUCUAGCAUUGGAUAUCAAUAUUUCCUCUAUUCCCAACAUAACUUCAAAGGCGAAUUUGCAAAGAUUAUCUGAUUUGAUUUAUUAAUAUAAGAGCUUUAACCUUAUUAUUACUGAGGUUAAACAAUGCAGCAAUGGCUUUCUCUGUGUGCAAGUUGCAGAAAUACUUCUGGUAGCUUCAAAUUGAGGCAUUUCCUCUUCAGAUACAACAUUUCUUUUUAAAGUCUUCCAUAGGUUUGAAUUACUGAAAUUUAYCUGAAGAGAAAGAAAAGUAAGUAAAACUGUAGAUUAAAUAUAUAUAUUAUUUUUUUAAUUCUCCAUUUAAUUUCUUCCUCCUUGUUAAAUGAUGUCUCCAGGCUGCCCAGUUGUAUCAUGCCCAGUGGAGUCACUCUUUAUUAUAGUAACUCGCUGUUUUUUGCAGAAGCAUGAAUUUCUUUUAAUGACUUCUAGUCUGAUCAUGAUAGAUUCACAUAACAUAGCUGACAUUGGAAUCCUYGGAGUCUUCUGCUUAUCAGGUGUGUCUGAAACAAAAGAAUGUGAAUAUACUCAGAAACAUGGACUUUUACUUCUGUAACUUAUUGCUGAAUGUAUUGAAUUGUAGGUAAUGGUACCUUAUAUAGAUUUCUGUCACUUGCUCAAAAUAAAUGGAAAAAAAGGCACAGUUUUCAACAGUUUGAUUCUCUUUAUUUUCAUUAAUGUUACAUCACUUAAUGACAGUGUAUUUCCACAGUUUUCCAUUCGGUACAGAGAGAACAGUUUAUAUUUUUACAAAACAUUAUUUGAUUAUAGUGUUUUGUUGCAUUCUUUAUUCAUGCUCUUAAAGAACCUGCAGUUACUGAUUAAAAAAAGAAGACACAUAUGCCUAAGCAACAAUUUUAGCACACUUUACUGGAGUAUUUUUGUCUACCUGCCUUCCCUUGGCAUGAAACACUUCACUAUAGCAGGAUGCCUCCGUAUCCAAACUAUCCUAUCAGAGUAUUUUGAKCCUUUGCAUCACUUGCAGACUGUCUUAAUGUGUUUUACUUCUACACCAAUCUAAACAUCAUUAGGUUUGAGCAGCUUUUUAUUCCUGAUGGCCUUCACAUACAUUGCAAUCUGGGGAUGCACAGAGUUUACUUUAUGGCUGCUUUAUUGUCAUCAUCUACUAUUACCAUCAUCUAUUA